AUGAGCUCUGUCUCCACUGCCAUCUCUGAUUUUGGCUGGGACCUUUUCAAGGAAAUAAGCAAGGAUGGUGCUCAGAAGAAUAUCUUCUUGUCUCCGUUUAGCAUCUCUGCAGCUCUGGCCAUGGUUGCGUAUGGUGCCAGAGGCAACACUGAAGCCCAAAUGGAGAAGGUACUUCACUUCAAGGAGAGCCAGCAUUCUGAGACUUCAGGAUCUGAAGACUCCACUGCAAUAAGAUCCCUACAGCCCUACAAUGUAAACCAGCCGACAGCUACAGACUCUCAAUGUGAUCGUCCUGGAGGUAUUCAUUCCCAGUUCCAGGCUUUAUUUUCACAACUCAACAAACCCUCCAACAAAUAUGAGCUAAGCAUUGCUAACAGACUAUAUGGGUCCAUUGCUUUUCUCUUUGUGCAGAAAUACUUACGAUGCAUAAAGGAGCUGUACCAUGCUGGGCUGGAAAGUGUCGAUUUUGAAAAGCCACAAACCAGAAAGACUAUUAACUCCUGGGUUGCAAGUCAAACACAGGGUAAAAUCAAGGACCUUUUCCCUGAGGGUUCUCUUAAUCCUCAAAUUGUCCUGGUGCUAGUGAAUGCCAUCUACUUCAAAGGAAUGUGGUCAUCCAGAUUUAAGAAAGAGAACACCAAAGAAGCACCUUUUAGAGUGAAUAAGAAUGUGAGCAAAAAUGUACCAAUGAUGUUUCAGAGUGGAAGUUUUAAAUAUGCCGCCAUACAAGAACCACCUCUGCAACUGCUUGAGCUUCCCUAUGCUGAGGAAGACCUCAGAAUGAUGAUCAUACUACCCAAGGACAGUGAUGAGGGUGACAACUCUAGCAGUCAAGAGAAGCUUGCAAGUUUUCUUACCUACAAGAACAUAGAAGAGUGGUCAUCAAAGAUGCAUUCCCGGGAAGUGAAUGUAUACCUACCCAAAUUUAAACUGGAAGAGAAAUAUGACCUCAAGAAAAUUUUGAAGUCAAUGGGAAUGACUCUCCUUUUUGAUCGAAGCAAAGUUGAUUUAUCUGGAAUAUCAGGAGGAAAAGACCUGAGUGUGUCCGAGGUCACCCAUAAGUCCUUUGUGGAAGUCAAUGAGGAGGGCACAGAAGCAGCAGCUGCCACUGGUGUCGGAGUUGGGGUAACUAGUGUACAGAUUCCUGUGGAGUUUAAGGCUGAUGCUCCAUUCACUUUCAUUAUACUUGUAUCCAAGAUCCCCCUCUUCAUUGGCAGAUAUGCAGCACCUUGA